UUUGGACUUUUUGGGACUUUCGCUUCACUUAGGGCUAUGGACUUUGGACUCUAUUCCAAUUUCCAUAUUGGUUGGCUGUCACACGAGCACCACAGAACCCCCCAUAAGGACUGUGAUAAUACCAAAGCUCAAUUGGUCCUCUGCUUCUUCUUCUUCGUCUUCUUUCUUCUUCAUCAUUUCCCCUUUAGAACAACCGGGUUUACUUUGAAUCAAUGGCCAUGAUCUUGCUCACCCGAUCCUACUUUUUCGCCCUUAUUUGAGACUCGUACAUGUUAGUCUUUACGAGAUGCAUGAAUUGGAGACUUCGGAACAAACUCAUUUCAUGGAUUGAUUCAUGGAUACUGGAAUUGAAGAAUCUUAAACAAACCUAUGUUGAUUCCAGGUCUGAAUCUGCUACUUUUCUAUUAUUGAGUUGAAAAAGAAGGGGUCUCAGGGGUUUUGGGUGGCCCUUUUUUCAUGCAUGCUUCAUAGAUGCAGGAUGUGAAGAAUCUGGAACGAACCCAUUUCAAUUACAGCUUACCACAUUGUAGCUCAAAUUUAAGCGUUCCUGAUAAUAUCUCAUCAAUAAUCACUCGUCUGUUUGACUGUUAUGGGGUCUGAUCCCUGUGGUUCGAGCUUGCUUCUUGCUCUGCCGGAUGAUUUGUUUGCUAUGGUGUCCCGGUCCCUAUCUCCAAGGGACCUCUGCAAUCUCAGUCUAGGUUGCCGGAGCCUAUCUACACUGGUCGCCUCUGAGAAGGUCUGGCUCACUCAAUGCGAAAUGGUAGGAGUUGUGUCCUAUGGAGACCUCAUAGAGUGGCGAAAGGGUAUCUCAUCUUAUAAAGCACUUUGCCGGUUCCUAAUUAGUGUUAAGCCUUUACUUGGAAUUUGGGUUCACCAAAACCCAGAACUUGGCAAUGUAGUGUAUGUUAUGCCUGGUUUUGUUUCUGUUGUUGGGUGCCGGAUCAUUCCACAAGAGCUUGGCCCAUUAGGAAUUGAAGAGGGUCCGAUUUUAUGGGCACCUGUGUUUGAAAUUAUUGGUGAUUUUGAUGGUUCCACAGCAUUUUUCCUGCAUGGAAGGGAAAGGGAAAAUGACCAUUUUUAUCCUGGUUCGGUCAAGGGGAUUGAGAAGAACUGCAACGUGCUAUUGCUUGAGGUUGAGCCUAGGGAACAAACAAGUGGGGGUAAAUUGGUUCAUGCUAGAAGCUUUAUUGAUCAUUCAGAUAAGGAACAAAGAAAGGUCUGUAGGUCAGAUAGCGGGCUUUCAAGGUCACAGAGGCUUGUCGAACAGAGUGGACCAAUGGUCCCUUUUAGUCGAUUGGCUUUUGGUGACAGAAGGAGGCUGCUUGAGAUUGUUACAAACCAAGUCCGAUUGACGGAACCCAGUUCAGCAAAGGGUCCACUGUUUCCUCAUUCAAGGAAUGAUGAGGAGAACUUUCGAAAAGAUAUGAUGCUAUUAUUUGAGAGGAGAUCAAUUUUAAUGCAAAAGUAUAAGCUGGGUGGAGGAAACAUUGAUUUGAAGGCAGCCCCUGAGCUUCCUUCUGAUCCUACGCUGUUGGAAGUGAGCGAGAUCAGGAAGAGUCUUGAUCAUUCAAGUGCUUUUCGUGGUUCUGUCAGUGGGGAUGAUGGCUGCACACAAGUUGCUAAGAGGAAAACUAUUGGUGGGUAUUUUAGGGAUGGUUUUAAACAGAUCUUAGGGAAGUCUGGCUCUAUGAAUGGUAGUCGUCCAAGCUCAAAGAAUGGCUCUUCAAGCAGUGAGAAUAAGCAUGUACAGCUUCAUGACUUUCUGAAGUCAGGUGAUACAAUAGGACUCACUCUACAUGCUUCAAAUGUGAAAUUAUCUUCUUAUCGAGCAUGGCCAAACAUGCAUGAUAGUCGAUUUGCCCUUUACAAGUUGCCCAUGCGGGUCUCAACAGCUGGCCAAGAAUAUGCGGGUUUAUGGGGAGGAACUUUUGGUUGGCCUCCAGGCCGGCCUUCUGAAGACAAGCCUGGAAAGGCUCUGUUCUUUCUUUUGCUGUCUUAUGAAGAGAUUGAUGAGCAACGACAUCUAAUUGCAACCAAAAUAUUAGAAGGCACCCACUAUGUUCUGCAUCCAAAUGGGUCAGCAAUGUUUAUAGUGAAAAUCAAUGAGCCUUCAAUAGAUCCAUUCCCUUGGGAGACAGACGCAGAUUCCCUUCCUGUGGCUGUUAAGCAUGCUUUUGUGGGGGAUGGGAUUGCAAAUGGGUAUGGUUUCAGAUAUCCUGGUUCCAAGCCUGGAUCAUUGUAUGUCAUUCAGGGUGGACUCCUUGCCUUCAUGUGGAAGGAAUCCAGGGCUAUCCUGACCUUGCAGAGACUUAACUUGCAAGAGCUUCUGAAGAAAGGUGAACGUGUGCCUGCUUUACCUCCAAUUGCCAAUUUUUCAUAUUUGACCAAGUCCUACUCAAAUGUUUUUGCUGGCUGUGCAAACACCACAAAUUGUUUGGCUUCACCCAGAUACUCAUUGCUUGCCACACAUUAGUUGACUUACGUUCUGUAAUGUUGCCUUCUUUCUCUCUCUAAGGGCUUCUUGCCCCCUAAAAGUGAGUUUCUCUUCCUUUUUUGGGUAUUUGAUAUAUGUAGCAUUUGGUUGGUUAUUUUUUCAUCACCAAAGUUUUGCUGUACUUUCUGCAUUAUCGGUAAAUAACCUAACUGUUUGACAUUAUUUGACAUGCAUGUUUACUGAAACUCACAUAUCUGUCUGUGUAUAUGAAUUUCAUUUUAGAAUUGAAGAGACUUAUUUUACAAGUUUAUUUAGUUCAUAUGUCAAAAACCCAAUGAUGAUUGUAUAGCACUUUGUAUUGAGUUGGAUUGAGUUAUGACAAAUUUCAUGUUUGUUGCUAUGUAUGCUGGAGCACAAGUAACUGGUGUUGAAUAAUAAUAGUAAAAUAUAAGAACAAAAAAUAGAAAAUAAAAAAUGAAAUAAAAUUGAACAAAAUAUUGGUUUGUGCUCAAAAUUCAUCAUUCUAUGAAUAAUAAAAUAUGCAAAUAAAGAUUGAAAAAAUAAAAAAAUAAAACUAAAAUGAAAAUAUAUUAAAGUAGUAGAAAAUAUUGGUUUCUAACCAAAAUCCUUGAUUUUGCCUAUAGUAAAAUACGAAAAUAAUUCUUUCAUGAUUUUUUCAAUUAACAAAUUUGAUAUUGAAUGUAAUUACAAAUUGAAAUUCAAUAACAAAAGUUAUUUCAAAUCUUUUCAAAUGCUAAUUUUUCUCUUGUAAUAUAUUUUGAAUAAAAACCAAA